UGUCACAUCUGCACCCAUUUUCCCCCCACCCCCACCAUCACCUACACUCCCUCUUCUUCAAGGCUACCUGUGUGACCUCUCACCAUUGGCCAAGUCUCGGAGCCCUCAGCAUCUCCAUCACGGCUGAAGGGACCAUUCGGGAAAGCAGGAGACAGAGGUGGACCAUGAGGAUCUUUUUGUGGCUCUUGUUCGGACUCUUCGUCCUCAAAGCGGUGGCGGCCAGUCCCAGAUUUUCCCGGCAAGUGGACUUUGACUCAUACGAUGCUGUUGACUAUGAUGAAAGAGAAGACAAUUUUGAAGAUAACUAUGACUACGGGGACAUAAUGACAGUUGAAGAGCCAGAGAUUGAGAAACCGGAUCGAUCUGAUUAUAACUAUCCUGAACCAGAAGUAGAAGCAGAAGAAAAGGAGGAGGAAGAGGAAGAAGAGGAAGAAGAAUUGCCUCUAAAACCUCAAGCUGUCCCUCAGGGUUCUGGUGGAUCUGGUGUCCUCAUGGGUCCAGACACAGAGAAAGAGGUGGAGCUGCGUCAGGCAACGGUCGAAACUCUUCAUGUUUCCGGGGAUUUUGGAGGCUCUGUAGGGUCCGGAGAAACCUCAGCAGCUUCCGGGGCCUCUGGGUCUGCCGUCUCAGGAGACAUCCUGGUCUCCAGUGGCUCUGGGGAUCUUUCUGGUGACAUUAUUCUGAUAUCUGGGGAUCCAGAAGAGUUAAUUAUAACCAGUGGAUCUGGGGAGUUCUUGACAGGUGGGGAUCUCUUGAUAUCUGGGGACAUCUCAGGAUCUGGAGACGUCACUGGGUCCACGUUUUCUGGAGCCUCGGGAGACCCUCUCCCUGAAGAUUUUAAAAUAGUCACUGAACUCCCCUUUGAAACCGAAGUGUCUGGGGACCAGUCUGGCUCUGGGUGCUUUGGAGAUCUUCUGAGCUCUGGGGCCUCUGGAACCUCUGGGGAUUCUGGGGACUCUAUUGAGUCAGGAUAUUCAGGGAUAACUUUGAUAUCUGGAGAGGAGGAGCUUCUCCCAUCUGUGGAUAAAAUCCCAGAGGAGGCACUGAGUGCUUCUGGGACGCCCUCAGGAGACAUUGACGCCUCUGUAGACAUUGAAGCCUCUGUAGACAUUGAAGCCUCUGUAGAUUCAGAGGUCUCUGGAACCUCUGGACUUCCUAGUGUCUCUGGCUCAGGAGACAUUGAGGUCCCUGUGACAAUUCGACCCAGAGAACCAGAAGAAGAGGAGGAGCUGUUUCCAACCACAACUGAAUCCCCUCAGGAGGGGAAAACAAGUGUAGAAGAAGAUACAGGGCCCUCUGGCUUCCCAUUGCCAGAGGAGCCAGAGGAGCCCGAGGUUAUUGAUGAAGGAUUGCCUGUUUGCUUGCUGUGCACAUGCCUCGGUGGUUCGGUCUACUGUGACGACUUGAAGCUGAACAGCGUUCCACCUCUGCCCAAAGACACCACUCACUUCUACGCCCGCUACAACAGAAUCACAAAGAUCAGCAAGUCUGACUUCGCCAACAUGAACAAGCUGAAGAAGAUCGACCUGACUGCUAAUAGAAUAACCUCCAUUGAGGAUAGAACAUUUAUGGGCCUGCCUGAGCUGGAGGAGGUGAUAAUCAGAGAAAAUCACAUCUCACAGCUGCCAGCCCUUCCUGAGACCAUGACCCUGAUUGAUGCCAGCCACAACAACAUUGGCUCAAAGGGUAUUCAUAAAGAGGCAUUUAAAGACAUGACUGGCCUGCUGUACCUUUACCUCACCGAUAACGACGUUGAUUAUAUUCCAGUGCCUCUACCAGACAGCCUACGCUCGCUACACUUACAGCGCAACAACAUUCAGAUGAUGCAUGAGGACACGUUCUGCAACCUGAACGACUUCAACUACAUCCGAAAUGCGUUGGAGGACAUCCGUCUGGACGGAAACCCCAUCAACCUCAGCAAGACCCCGCAGGCUUACGUCUGCCUGCCCCGUAUACCCAUCGGGAAUCUCAUUUAACCUGGACUCCUGCAAACUUCUUUGUACAUACUGACACGCAGAGUUAAGCUGUAUUCAUUGUUCAAAUUAACAGUCAUUUCCAAAGGUGUGUUUCCUACGUGCAUUUGACAGAUGGAACCAAUCUGUAAAAUCGUGUGCAAUCUGUGCGGAAAUGUUCAGCAUCGCCCAAAGAGCAAAUUCGACUGAUAUUCCAACAAUCAAGCACAUAUACACUCCCUUCUUCCUGUUGCUCAGUAUUUUCAUGCCAACACAAUAUAAAUUGUAUAAAGUUUUACUCAAAUACACAUGCAAGCACACAAACUCUUUUUAUUUUGCCAAUACUUCAGAGGUACAAAUCUGUAUUAUUCAAAGAGACUCACCGGAUGUUUAUUUUUCUGUUCAGUGUCUUUUCCAAAACCCAACCAGUAAUGUGUUGUUUAAAGGUUCACUUUGUAAAAUAAAAGAAAUAUUAAUUUUAAGAUUAAUGACUAACACUUUGUUGGCAAUGUAUACAAGAUGAGAAUUGAUGCAACGUAAUAAACUAAAUGCAUUUAAACACAACUUCUGGUUGUAAAGUUUGUACUGUAAUAUAAAAUAAAUAUAUUUAGAUUUUGUUUCUUUACACAAACUGACAUAAUUUUUAUAUUUGAUUGAAAAGGUCCUGUUUUAACUGUGCACAAUAGUCUAAAUCAAGAACUCUAAUGUCUAGAGUCGAUUAAAUAAAGACUAUUGUUAGGUUAUGGAGGUGGGUUUGUU